CCUUGAGAAGAUCAAUUCCAAACUAAUCUAUUCAUUGGGCCUGUCCAAUUAGAAUCCUGCCCCUGGUGCAACACCAGCCAUGUUGAUAGGCUGAACUGGAGCAUUCGGGAAGGAAGGUCGAGUGUGUCGGUCAGUGUUCUGGUCACCAAUGGGCAGUGAGGGGAAGAGUCUCUCUAUCAACAACUCAUGGCCAUUGGCUGAUUUAUAAACUUGCUUCACCCUAAUGAUACUGGCCUUAGGCUUGCCAGACUAUAGACACCCUGCAGAAGGUCUCACCUAAUGGGAGAUGUUCAGGAUUUGUCAAGAUCUCUCCGCUUGUCUCUUAUUGGCCUCUGCUGUCACGGGUGGUGGGAGCCUGUAGGGCCCCAGAUGGGGUAACUCUGCUAUAAACAUGAAAUCCGGGCAGUUUCAGGCAUUUCUUCAUGAUGUAGUACAACAGAGAGAGGGACCCUGUGCAGUUGGGACGGUGGGUGGCAUAUAGAUAUUAGGGUGGGGGCCCCAGUCACAAUACUCGGUACUGACUGUCCCCAUGUAGCGCCUCCCUGCAGAUGGAGCAACCGCACAAUGAAACUGACACUAAAGGAUCCCAAGGCUCAGCCAAACCCCUGACAGGAACCAUCUGGGCUCUGCGUGACUGGCGCCCACUGUUUCUCCUCUUUCCCUUCCCAAAGUUCAGUUUUGCUUUCUGUAAAACAAUAUCCAGCCAGGGGAACAGGCGGCCAAACGGUGAGAAAGGAACCAGCCGGGGGCACAGGCGGCCAAACGGUGAGACAGGAACCAGCCGGGGGCACAGGCGGCCAAACGGUGAGACAGGAACCAGCCGGGGGCACAGGCGGCCAAACGGUGUGACAGGAACCAGCCGGGGGAACUGCCCAACAGCAGAGCCAUUACAAGAUGGAGAUCACGGGAGCCUGGAGCUUGCUGGGAAUGGUGGGUCUCUUGGUGACUGUUAGGGGCCAGGUACCCACAGAGGAGCUGUCUGAUAUCCAGACCAAGGCACUGACCCUCGUCACGGAGGAUUUCCAUAAUGUAGAUAAUAUCUACUCCCGCUUCCAAGUCACGUCUGUGCUGAAUGCGGCGGAGGAGAAGUUUCCAGGAGGAAUAUUUGUGCUCUUACAUCUCAGGAAGAAACAAACCAACUGUGCCAAGACGGAAUGGAAAAGUAAAGUCUGUAAGGCCAUGAGAGGAGGGAGGGUGUUCAACUGCUUUGCCUGCUUAAAGUUUGAGUACGGCAGCCACAAGGUGCUAGCCAAGGCCAUUGACUGUGUGCCCGACCGCCAGGUGAGCCCGGAAGUGGAGCAGAAGCGGCGCCAGCGCUGCACAACGAUGGAGAGUGUGAAUGAGACCGGCCUGCGCCUGCCGGGGGCUCUGAGUUUCGUUAAGUCCCAGUGAAACCCCAUUAUAUUUAUAUUAUAGGGGCAACUCUCUCCCAACUCACAUCCCGCAGAGACAUCCUGGGCCUGAAACACAUCUCAGCCAAUGGGGUGGGAGUAAGUAGAGACGGGGGGGGGGGGCUGUUUUUAGCUUUACUGGUAACUACAAACAAUCUGUAAUUCUGUAAACUGGUUUCAUUUUAAAAAUAAAAAUACAUGUAAAUAAUAU